GUUUGCGAGCCAGAGAACCCCUGCAAAGACAAGACCCACAACUGUCACCGGUCCUCAGAGUGUAUCUACAUCAGCCACUUUAGUGAACCCAUGUACAAGUGUGAGUGCAGGAUCGGCUACGCUGGUGAUGGCUUCAUCUGUGGAGAGGACUCAGACCUGGAUGGAUGGCCUAAUCAGAACCUGGUGUGUGGUGCCAACGCCACCUAUCACUGCAAAAAGGAUAACUGCCCCAACCUGCCUAACUCUGGACAGGAAGAUUUUGACAAAGACGGUCAGGGAGACGCUUGUGACCAGGAUGAUGACAAYGAUGGAAUCGUGGAUGAAAGAGACAACUGUCCUCUCCUGUACAACCCCAGACAGUUUGACUUGAU